GUCCGAGACUAACGGUUUGACGAGAGACUAGCCAUUUUCCGCCAAUGACAGUAGGACACUGCACCAAAUACUCUCCCAAUGAGAAUGGAAGAAAGUAUCAUACCAAUCAACAUCAAUGGACUGAUUGAUUCCCCUUCCAGCCAACCAGAAGGUAAAGAUUGAAAGCCCACAAAAAUGGAGAUGAUGAACAACAAAUGGGUAUCAACAGUAGCAAGCAUAUGGAUCCAAUCCAUCAGUGGCACACCAUCCACCUUUGGAAUUUACUCUCCUGUCCUCAAAUCCUCGCAAGGUUAUUCCCAAACUACCCUUGACACUGUUGCCCUUUUCAAGGACUUGGGCGCCAACGUCGGCAUCCUCGCCGGCGUUCUCUAUGCCAGCACCGCCUAUCGCCGCUCUUUCUUUGGUGGGCCCAAAGUUGCUAUAUUUGCUGGGGCCGUCCAAUGCUUUGCUGGCUAUUUCUUGAUUUGGUUGACGGUGGCCGGGGUUAUUUACCGGCCACCGGUUGCGGUGGUAUGUUUGUUCUUGUUCUUGGCUGGACAUGCUAUGCCGUUUUUUAAUACGGCGGAUGUGGUUACUGCUGUUCAUAAUUUCCGGGAUUAUAGUGGCACUGCUGUUGGUAUUAUGAAGGGUUUUCUGGGUCUGAGCGCAGCAAUGUUAAUCCAGCUUUACCGAACCAUAUUCCCUGGAAAUCCUGCCUCAUUUCUUCUGAUGGUGUCCCUGUUGUCUACAAUUAACCCAUUACUACUCAUGUGGUUUGUGAAAAUCUAUGACACAAAUGCUGGAGAUGAGAAACGGCAUCUUAACAACUUCUCAUGGGUAGUUGUAGUAGUUUCAGCAUAUCUAGUGGUUGUUAUCGUCUUGGAAAAUGUAAUCACUGUACAGUUAUUAGCACAUAUCCUCAUUGUUAUUGUGCUGCUACUCUUGCUUGCCUCACCCCUGUGGAUUGCCCUUAGAGCUCAGCAGAACAUAUCCUCUGAAAAGAUACAUGAGAGAGAAGAUGAUCUUGACUAUCAGAGGCUGUCAGAUCAGAUAGAGCAGGAUACAGAAUCUAUUAACAGGCCAUCGGAGUUGGAAGGACACUUCAAUUUGUUCCAAGCUAUGAGGACUGUGAAUUUCUGGCUUCUAUUUUUGGCUACAGCGUGUGCGCUUGGCUCAGGACUAGCAACAUUGAACAACCUCACCCAAAUUGGAGAAGCUCUCAGUUAUACACCUUUGGAAACUACAACUCUUAUCUCAUUGUGGAGUAUUUGGAAUUCCCUUGGACGAUUUGGGGGUGGAUAUGUAUCUGACUACAUCCUUCAUACGAAAGGAUGGGCGAGGCCUCUUUUCAUGGCUGGUAGUCUGGCAAUCAUGAGUGUUGGGCAUUUGGUGAUUGCUUCUGGUAUGCCUGGGUGUCUUUAUGCUGGGUCGAUUUUGGUGGGGAUUUGUUAUGGGUCGCAGCUCUCUUUGAUGCCAACAAUUGCUUCUGAGUUAUUCGGGGUUGUAAAUAUGGGAACCAUAUUCAAUACUAUUACUAUAGCUGGCCCUCUUGGGUCAUACAUUCUCUCUGUUAGGGUGGUUGGUUAUAUAUAUGAUAAAGAAACAUCCGGUGAAGAUAAUACUUGUUUGGGUGUACAUUGCUUUAUGCUGUCUUUUUUAAUCAUGGCAGCUGUUACUUUUCUGGGAUCUCUCUUUGCUGUGGGAUUGUCUAUGAGGACUAGAAGCUAUUAUGAGCGCGUUAUAUGUAGGAGGUUUCUACAAACCCGAACUCAGCAAGGAAGCCAGAUAUGACCAGGAGAUUGGUCUUUCUGAAACUGCGCUCCAUAACAAUGUAUGAUCCUUGUUCUUUCUUUGCUGUUAGAAAUUCUGAAUUCCAUUGACACUAAAGGGUUCUCAGGUUAUGUAUUCUUGUAUAUACGAAUUGGGAAAAUAUAUGACAUAUUCUUUUGUCAA